AACAAUCACAUCCAAGAUGGAGACGGUGAACGCGGGACAGAUGAUGAGCUUAGCGGCGCUGCAGAGGCAGGACCCGUACAUCAACACGCUGCUGGACGUCACCGGACAGGUGGCGCUCUACACCUUCAACUCCAAGGUCAACGAAUGGGAGAAGACGGACAUCGAGGGGACCCUGUUUGUUUACGCCAGGUCUGCCUCGCCUCACCAUGGCUUCACCAUCAUGAACCGACUGAGCACAGAGAACCUGGUGGAGCCCAUCAACAAAGACCUGGAGUUCCAACUGCAGGAUCCAUUCCUUCUCUAUAGGAAUGGCAACUUGGGUAUCUACAGUAUUUGGUUCUAUGACAAGAGGGACUGUCAACGCAUCGCUCAACUGAUGGUCAAGAUUGUGAAACAAGAGGCAGACCAUGCCCAGAGAGAGUCUCCAGAGAGGGCGGAGCCGGUGAGGACCAAUGGUGUCCCAGAACCACGGCCCAUCGACAUCCUGGAACUGCUCAGCAAAGCCAAGGAGGAAUACCAGAGAGCUCAGGCAGGGGAAACAGAUGUGUCUACAGAGCCUAACGUGAAAGCAGCUAUCAACGCCACCGAACACAUGCACAGCACGCCAAAACCUAAAAAGAGCUCUCAUACCAUGGUGAAGCAGAUCACAGUUGAGGAGCUCUUUGGUUCGUCCUUGCCUAAGGACCCACCUCUACCCACCAUGCUGACACAGAACACCACCAGUGUUUCCAGUGACAGUGACCCCUCCACUGCUUACCUCCAGAACCAUUCAUAUCCCACUCCAGCCCACCAAAACCCACUAUUUCCUCCCCAUCUCUCGGCCCAAGACACUGGAUCAAGUCAGCGGCACCAAGUCCCCGGCCUGCUCCCAGCUCCAUACGCGCUACACCCCGGUCCUGUUUUCCAGUCGGUGGUCCCUAGGUCUGACCCCCAACCCCGGUGUUCAAUCUCCCCUCUUAUGGUGCUUCCAGCUGGCUCAGAGCCUCGUGCUGCUCCACCUGGAGCUGGAGCACCAUCAGCAGCUCCUACGGCAUAUUUAGGACAGGACAUACUCAACACUCUCAAAGCAGCAGUGCCAUCUGUGAAUUCUGACAUCCAUAAACCCAUCCUCGCACCAAACUUCCUGCCAAGCACGCUCUUCCCACCCCACAGCUUCCAAGAACCCGUGGGGAAACCCCUUCUCCAGCACAGCAGUGAGAUGGAUGUUUUUUCUCAGGCUCCAAACCUGAUCAAACCUAUGUCUGCUGUCCCCAUGAGUCCAGGUCUUGGUGUUCCAGUGUCGCCGAUUUCUGUGCUUCUCUCCCCCAGCGCCUUCCAGAAGUCCGUCAGUAAGACGACAGCAGCGGCGUCAGUGGUCCCUCCUGGCCCCGCCGAGCCCUCCUGCUCCUCUGUAGGAGCUUUAGAGCCUCCACAAGCAGCCUGCAGCAAAACACAGCUACAGGAUACUCUGAUACACCUCAUUAAGAACGACCCAGACUUCCUCGGUGCCAUUCAUGAUGCUUACCUGCAGAGUUUGUCCAAGGACCUCGGCAACAUGAAGCUAUAGUCAACUACAACCAUCAGCAGUGUGACUUCAGUGUGACGACCCCUCCGUGACCUCUGAAGAAUUCAAAAGUUAAUGGUCACUGAAAAGAAGUGCAGACAACAGGUGUUUGACACACCACACCUCUUUAAAACUCUGUUUCCUAGCAUGCAGCGCGUCAUUUAUCCCACUGUUCCUGCCUCUGAACUUGUUGGUUUUUUUAGUUCUCAGCUGAACACUGGCGCUGUCCCAGCUACCUGCGUUACCUUGGAUCAACUUUUUGUCUGCUUUGUCAAACCAGAACUACUAUGGGAGAGAAGGACAAGAUCAAAUUUCCCAGUGUGGCCUUGAGCUUUCAUUUUUACUUCAUAAAUCUAAUCAAGCAGUUGGCCACUUACUGGUAACGUUGAACUGCUGCUGGUUUAAUUCCCUGGAGGACGGGACUACAGCUGAACUUUUAACCUUGGGAACGAUGAUUUUGCAGUUUGAACAUUACGGAAGUCAAAGACGCUGCUUUUCUUACUCAUCUCACAUCUUUGGACUUCUUGCAGUGAGAGAGUACGGGAGCGGUGAUGACAGACGAAGACUGCGUAACUAAAAGAGAGACCUCUGUGCUGGGACUUCAGAACUGUUGUGGGGGUCUCUCUGUGUGGACUACUCAUUUUCCUUUUUUCAUUUAUUGAGCCUCCUCCCUCCAAGUAAUGCUGAGGCCUGUACAAACCGCCAUCAAAGUUAUUGUGGACUUCUGCGUUUGUCUCUUAAUGAGGAGGAGAUUGUCGAGGAUUUUUUUUUUUUU